AUGGUCAUGGAGAAUAUCAUGUCCGAGCACCGCCGCCACAAACAAGAUCACGAUGACUGGGACCUGAUCGUGGAUGCUGCACUCGCGGCAGGCAACCUUGGCAACAAAGGAGUGGAUGUCGAGGAUCUGAAAGAGGCUCUCUUCCCUCCUCAGAACUACUCUGAUCGAUACAUGAGCGCCCCUGGCUGA